AAUGUUCAUGGUCGACCGAUAAUAAAACCGGCUAUUUAUCGGGGUUACCGCGUGCGAAGACGAUCGGAUGGACUGUUGAAACUUCUCAAAACAUAUAGACAAAACGAGUCAUCUGUCAAAUCGCCGUAUUCCGAGAGAGCGAAUGCCCCGGUCGGUCAGAGUGAAACCACGUCCGUCAUCGAAUGUGUGGAUUGUGCUUCUGUGGAAAAUAUCACCGGCCCAAUUACAACACCCUCGUCGAACGAGUUAUUACGUUCAAAGAAUUUACUGGAAUUGAUCACAACACAUCUGGUCACAAUUGGCUAUCGAUUACCGAUGACCAAACGAGCAAGCGUCAGGCAUUUGUGUGGGGGUGUUUUCCUCGCAUCCGGAUGGGUUCUCACAGCCGCGCACUGUCUGAAUCGAUUCAAAAGCCCACAUUCAAAAGACCUGUUACGGAUUAACGCCUACACACUGCACAAAUCGGCUUCAGCGUCGCCUAGCGCCAGUCAGGCGCUAGACGGUCCGGUUCCAACUGACCAUUGGGAUUAUCGACCGAUCGGGAAUGACUAUACCGUGCACCGAAUUGUCAUCCACCCAGAUUUUCAAGAAGACAAUAAACUCUCCACCGAUUUGGCUCUAAUCCGAUUGAAUUGGCCAUGUGAGAUGGGUAACAAAUCAUUGGAAGCGGCCUUGCACAUGAUACCGACUAUACAGAAUAUCCAAACUGAUAUUUCGGAACAGGAAACGGUGCCAAAUCGUUUCAAUUCAUAUUGCGUGGUGGCCGGAAGUGGUCGUAAAGAAUAUGGCCGAAUCAAUCACUGGCAUGAAGAUCAAUAUCUCCAUGUUGCCAAGGUAACUAAAAUGCCAUGUGAAUCCUUACUGGCGCAGUUCACGGGUGAUAUGAAACAAAUCUCCGGUUGUGAUGAAACGUGCCCCAAUCGAUUGAAGUUCGAAAUGGAUCACGUUUGUGCUGGUGGUGGUCUUGAAGAUGGAGAUACAUGCCAGGGUGAUAGUGGAGGUCCGCUGGUUUGUGCCACUUACACGCUGAACAAUGAUACCAAGAUUUGGACCGAUCGGUGGCAACUGGUUGGAAUCGCUUCGCUUGGAAUCGGGUGCGGACUCCAUGGUGUUCCUUCUGUGUAUGCCAAAGUCUCCGGUCAGUUGGGAUGGAUCAUGCAGGUACUGAAUGAAACACAGCAUGAGUGUCAUCCAACCGAUAUCGAGUGA